UGUGAGCCUGAACCUGAUGCCAGCAUCCAUUUGCCCUCAUACAAGGCCACGGCGAUAAUUGGGUCAAACUAGAAAUAGCCUCCAAUUUUGACUUGGAAGCUUCUUUGAUUUCCAUUCCAUCAAUAUAUCUCCCGGACCUAGACGGUGACGGUUUUAAGCUGACCUGUUGUUUGUAUUGUUACUCACGGCUUUAAGCUGACCUGUUUGUCACUUACACGUUUAUAUAAUUAUAUUGCCGUCUCUCUCGAUCUCGAUCUAGAUCUAGAUCUGGGGUUGCGGCAUCAUUUCCCGGCGAUUGAGGCAGAGAGAAAUGGACGCGUUGGACUCCGUCGUCUAUCCAUUGCGAGAGUUCGCGAGGGACAGCACGCGCCUUGUCAAUAAGUGCCACAAGCCCGAUCAGAAAGAAUUCACCAAGGUCGCGUCCCGUGUUGCCGUCGGCUUCGUCGUGAUGGGGUUCGUUGGUUUUUUCGUGAAGCUGAUCUUCAUCCCCAUCAAUAACAUAAUUGUCGGCGCUACAUAGGCCUUUUGGACUAUGAAUUUUGCAGAAGGAUGGCAGGUUUUAAUUGAGUGCGCAUUGGGAAGAAAAGGUUACCACCGUAGAUGUUAGGCUUUAUAUACAUUCCUACUUUGAUUAUAUCAUGGAAAAAUGAAGAGAAUCCAAUUUCAAUUUAAUAUUCUACACUUUCAGUA